GGAAAGAGAAAUGGUGAUAAUUGAUAGUAGCCUGUGCAUUAAAGAGCAUUCAAACAAAGAAUUUAUUGCUUGUAAUCUUCAAUUGUUGAAUCCAGAUGCAGGUCUUCCAUAAACUCGUACAGAAAUUCGGAUAGCCUCAUUUAUUUCCACAAGAAGGAAUCUUCAAUUAUUGAAUCCUCCAUACUUGUGUGCCUGUUGGGGAGGAGGAAGAAGAAAGAAAACCCACCCAUCUCAGCAAAUUGAUCAUAAUAGGUUUAGGGUUUGUGAAAUGGCUAAUGGAGAUGAUAACCAAGAUAAGGUUCCUGGAGAUCUAAGAAGACAACUUGCUGUCGCUGUUAAGAGUGUUCAAUGGAGUUAUGCGAUUUUCUGGUCUCUUUCAACUACACAAGAAGGGACUUUGGAAUGGGGAGAAGGGUACUACAAUGGAGAUAUCAAGACGACGAAAACUGUAGCAGCCAUGGAACUUAAAGCAGCAGAUAAGACAGGUUUACAGAGGAGUGGACAGCUUAGAGAGCUUUAUGAAUCUCUUUUAGAAAGUGAAACUGAUCAACAAACCAAACGACCCUCAGCUGCACUGAAUCCAGAUGAUUUAUCAGAUGCAGAAUGGUUUUAUUUGGUUUGCAUGUCUUUUGUCUUCAAUCCAGGACAAGGUUUACCUGGGAAGGCUUUAGCAAACGAUGAAGCUAUUUGGUUAUGUAAUGCCCAUUGUGCUGAUAGUAAAGUCUUCUCUAGAUCUCUUCUUGCAAAGAGUGCAUCCAUUCAGACUGUGUUAUGUUUUCCUCAUUUUGGCGGUGUUAUUGAGCUGGGUGUUGCAGAUUUGGUGUCGGAGGAUCCGAAUCUCAUUCAGCACAUCAAAACUUGUCUACUAGAGCUCUCGAAACCAGUCUGCUCUGAGAAUAUAACUUCUGCUUCUCAAUCUGAGGAUGGAAGUGAUCGAAUUUGCAUUAAAGCAGAAGAAGAAGAAGAAGACUCUUUUCUGCUUGAACAUGGUGAUUGGAAGAAUGAUUUAAGCAACUGUAUUGAAGGUUCUAUUUGUUCUAUGACUAGAGAAGAAGAAAGUACAGAUGAUUUGCAUUAUAGAAGAACUCUUUCCGUUAUCCUGAAGAAUAGUGACAAAUUGCUUAACAAUCUGAUCCUUGGAGAUGAAAAAUAUAAGUCUAGUUUCAUGAGCUGGAAGAGAGGAGAAACUGUAGAAGGCCAUUAUAAGCGAAAUGUGCAACAGAAAGUGCUGAAGACGAUUCUACUUCACAUCCCUUAUAUGCACGAAUCAGUUUCUGUUGAAACAAAGAAAGACCCGAAAAAGAGAGCCGAAAAUGAAAAAUUCUUGGUCCUCAAGUCCUUAGUUCCUUCUAUCAGGGAGAUCGAUAAAGCAUCUAUUCUUGAUGACACAAUACUAUACCUAAAAGAACUCGAGGCAAGAGUUGAAGAAUUGGAGUCUUGCAUUGACCCAUCUGAUUGUGAAGCAGUAACAAGGACUAGAAGACGACAAAACUACCACAAAGAAAUGGUGGAGCAAACAUCUGACAAUAUUUACAAUAAUGGGGCAGAUAAUUGCAAAAGGAGGCCAUGGAUUGUGAACAAGAGGAAAGCUUGUAACAUUGAUGAAACAGAUCCAAGCAAAAAGGGGAGUUUAUCAAUGGAAAUGAAAGUAAACAUUAAGGAGGAGAAUGUUUUGAUUGAGAUGAAAUGUGUUUGGAGGGAAUACUUGUUGAUUGACAUAAUAGAUGCAAUUGGAAGCCUCAAUCUUGAAGCUUAUUCAGUUCAAUCAUCAAAUGCAGAUGGCAUCCUCACCAUCACUCUCCAAUCCAAGGUGAGGGGAACAGCGGUUGCUUCAACAAGGGUGAUAAAACAAGCAUUAUCAAAGGUUGUAGGGAAGUGCUAAGAGAUAGUUAUGUUUGUCAUGUUCAAGGGUGUGAUAAAACAAGCAUUAUCAAAGGUUGUGGGGAAGUGCUAGAUAGUUAUGUUUUGUCAUGUUCAAGGAUGAUAAAACAAGCAUUAUCAAAGGUUGUAGGGAAGUGCUAAGAGAUAGUUAUGUUUGUCAUGUUUUUCAUGUUGAUUGUCUUUAUUUAUUUAUCAUCCAACUUAAGUAAGAUAAACAAGUUCACUUUGAAUAUUAUUUGUAAUAUAUCUUUUCUGUUUUCAAUAUCAAAUUGUCAUUUA